UUUAAGGCGGACUCAAAUAAGCGUCGCACACUGUUGUUUUGUGUUUGCCGGAAGUUAGCCAGCUUUGCUAUUAACAAACUGAGCGGUUUUAAACGAGUUUAGCGUUAAAACAAACAAACAGAAAAAGAGAAGAAGAUGAAGCCUGCAGUGGACGAGAUGUUUCCAGAAGGAGCCGGACCUUACGUGGACCUGGACGAGGCAGGGGGCAGCAGCGGCCUGCUGAUGGACCUAGCAGCCAACGAGAAAGCCGUUCAUUCAGAUUUCUUUAAUGACUUUGAGGAUCUGUUCGACGACGAUGACCUGCAGUGAUCACAGCGUACACAACACAGAUGAAGAAAACUGCCUUUAAUUUCUCUUUUUAUUUGUACAGACUCUCAUAUUGGUGAUUAAGUAUGCUAUUAAAAUAAAUAAAGUCUUUGUGUUUCCACUGAAAA